GCCUGCUACUAGCAGUUGCGCAACUGAAGCCAAUAGGUUAACCGUUUCGUUAACUACCAAACCAACAUACACCCGAAAUAGUUCCAUACGUGGAAUGCGCUGAGGAAAUCAGGUGCCCUCCAUUCAUUAGCCCAGCAAAGUGAAGUGCCACAAAAUCGAUUAAAGCGUACAAGUUCUGCAUGGUUCGGCGCAGUCACAAUCCUAUCGUCGUUUGAACGCCGUCGUAAGCGCAGAGUGCUGAACGCCUUAACAGCCUUACGACUUUGUAAGUGCCAGUCAGCGGGUUUGUGAAGUGAGCUGAAGACGCCCAAUCAAUGGGGGAAAUCCCACCUAAGUGCCCGGAUCAAAACCACCUCGCCCGAAACGUCACGUUGUUUGCAUAAUUGUUGAGCCCGCCUCAAGGAAAGCACUCCGCUCAUUACCACCCAGCAACGGCCCAUUCUGGUAUUCGUGUGUCGUCUCGCGUCGGGAGUGCUACGAGUUUUGUGUCGACUAAAAACAGUAGGCUGGCUGGUUUGGGGCAAGUGGAAGGACUUCGGGUUAAUCGUGUAGACCGAGUGUUGCUAUAGAACGUCGCGGUUACGGUAACAGCACCAGCGCACAAACCUCUUUUUCGCACUAAUUAAAUAAUCGUGACCAUGAAAUAGUGGGGCGUCGUGGUGGAACACGGUGGCAUCACGUCACAAUCACGAACCUCGGUUUGCGCUGACGCGUCCUGGCUGGCCAGCAGUGGAAGGAUAAACCGCGCAAAGCGGACGCGGCCCCAACCGACGGAGCAGUAUUACACCAGCACGUUGUUCGACGCACAAGCACUGAGGAGGGAACAACGCCAAACAACGACGAGGAAACGAUUUGCGGAUUGCCUCACAAAACCGGGGUGCAGAGAAAAUGAAUAACAACGACCACAAGAGUGGUUCCCACCGGAAUUUACAAGGACAGACGGAGAUUUCCGAAGAAAAAGAACAGCUUCAUGCACGCGGAAACGACGAGGUGCCGUCGGAUGAACCCUUCGAUCUGGACGAACUGCUGCCGGUGAUCGGUGAGUUUGGGCGCUACCAGAAGUUACUGCUGUGGCUGAUCUGUUUGCCGGCCUGCAUACCGUGCGGGUUUUGUGCCUUCAACCAACUCUUCAUGACGGACACACCCGAACAGUACUGGUGCCGCGUGCCGGAGUUGGAAAACUUUACCACCGAGGAGCGGAAAAUGUACGCAAUUCCGAUCAUAGAGAGCGACGGGGUGGAAAGUUACAGCAAAUGUUCACGCUACGCAGUGGACUGGAAAGAGAUACUGAAUUACAGCGACACGGAUACGUUGGUGCCGAACGCUUCGUGGCCCACGGAACCCUGUCUCGAUGGCUGGGAGUACAACAAGACCGUCGUCCAGUCAUCGAUAGUGAUCGAUUUUAAUCUGGUCUGCGACUAUGACAUCUAUCCGACGCUUGGUCUGGUCGCCCUGAACACGGGUGGCCCGGUCGGAGUGUACCUGUUCGGGUUGCUGAACGAUCGGACCGGACGCCGGAUAUCGUACUUCUCCUGCCUGGCCACGCUGCUCGCCGGUAGCUUCAUCACGGCGGCCAGCACCAACUUCUGGAUGUGGGCCUUCAGCCGCGUCAUUGUCGGGUUGACGAUCCCCGCCGUCUACCAGAUCCCGUUCAUCAUCGCGCUCGAGUUGGUCGGGCCCAACUACCGCUCCUUCGUCACCGUGAUGACUUGUACGUUCUACACCUUCGGCAUCAUGAUGUUGGCCGGUGUUACUUAUCUGGAGCGGGACUGGGUUGGACUGACGCUCUACACGUCCGUGCCAUUUCUGGUGUACUUCCUGUACCUGCUGGUCAUGCCCGAGUCACCACGCUGGCUGCUGAUGAAGGGCAAACUGGAGCAAGCGUUGGCGAUCCUGGAGAAGAUGGCCCGCGUCAACGGGAAGCAGCUGCCCGAGAGUUUCCGGAAGCGGCUCCAGGAGCGCGUCCUGGCGGAGAAAAGUCGCACCACGAAGCGGGACGAACCGUCGAUCGGGGCGUUCGAUCUGUGCAAGACGCCCAACAUGAGACUGAAAACCAUUCUGAUCACCCUGAACUGGUUCGCCAACGAGACCGUCUACCUGGGGCUGAGCUACUACGGCCCGUCGCUCGGGGAGAACCAGUACCUGAGCUUCUUUCUUUCGUCGCUGGUGGAAAUUCCCAGCUACAUCAUCUGCUGGAUCAUAAUGGAUCGCUGGGGCCGCCGGUGGCCCAUGUGUUUGCUGAUGAUACUGAGUGGUAUAAGCUGUGUAGCUACGGUGGUCCUUUCGGAAGAUGCUGUAACGGAGACGCUCAUACUGUACCUGCUGUCGAAGUCGAUGAUUUCGGCCUCGUUUCUGAUCAUUUAUCCGUUCGCGGGUGAGCUGUACCCGACGCAGGUCCGAGGUGUCGGCAUCGGGACCUCCAGCUACAUCGGUGGCCUCGGACUAAUCGUGAUCCCGUUCAUCACCUAUCUGGGCAAAGAAAACCUUCGACUCCCGCUGGUGAUCAUGGGGUUUGUGUCGGUACUCGGAGGAUUCACGGGGUUGCGCCUACCGGAAACGCUCCACCACCGGCUUCCGCAGACACUCGAGGAAGGCGAGCUGUUCGGGAAGGACUGGACGUUCGACGAGUGCUUCCGCUGUAUACCGAGCAAAAAGUCACCGGCCGGGUCGUACGAAAACCUAUCGCAAGAACCCUCGGAUCCAAUGCUGGAGCUCAACACGGGCGUCCCGGUUGGUGCGGGCGUACCGGCUGCUGCCUGUGCUGGUUCCAGCACCGAAAGGACACCGCUCGAAGUGGCCCGCAUGCGACGGCAGUCGAUGAAGCGCCUGGUGCGCCAGGCAAGCACGAUGGACACGCAAAAGACUAAGGACGGUGCCAUGCAGCUCACGUACUGGUUCUAAGCCAGCAUCCCGCCCCCCAGACCCCAACGAGCUUCGGAACGAACGGACCAAUGAAAGCCGGCACA